CUUCGCAGCUUUGCUUUACAUAUAUGUAGUCUCGGGCCUAUGAGACGCUACUAUUGCAUGCAUAUUUGCCCUACAUUAUUGCUAAGCAUUACUUAUAGCUAUGGAACCCGACCCGACACCGCAUUGGUCACGCGUCCGCGUGGCUAAAGAGCUGGAUCGAGGAGACCGUUGGACUGCCUCGCGCUGUCAUCGCUUGCUUCGGCCGUUGGUAUCACGAAUCGCUUCGCUCAGAAAGGACCUAACAGCACUAUCCAAUCAGCCUUUGGAGAUCAUUGGUAAUUCUGACAGAGCCCAGAGGAAAAGGCAAGCUCCAGACUGCGCUUGGCUGCUUCCUCAGAAAAAGGUUCGACGCACAUAUUCUCAAAAAGGUCCAGAUCGACCGGCUUGUGGAUCAAUGAGCAUAGAACCAGAUGUGGGGAGGUUCAAGAUUGCGAAGGAUUUGCAACAUGCUGCCGCAAAUGUUGUCCCUGGAGAAAUAGUAGCUUUCACUCCACUACUUCGCCGGGCAAGAGGUCACCAUAUGUCAUCUCCUACGCAAGCACCAGAGACUGUCAGACCGCAACAUCCCACUGGAAGAUGCGGCAGGGCCGGAAAUGGAAAUGGACUUGUUGCCCUCGAGCAACGCCUCACAUCAUUGCGUUCUGAGCUCUCGCCGGCGAGGUACAACGACUACGAGUCAAUAUUCAGGGGCCUGGAAGCGUUACUCAAAGCCACCCAGCGAGAGCCGAGAGAAAGGCAUGGCGCCUCGGUUUUUCUGGAUAUAUGCCUGCGGCGGCUGCCUCAGUACAUUAUGGGCGUAGAAGCAUGGGAGGCGGCAGAGGCAGAGAAGAACAACACCAAGUCGAUGAUCGAGGAUGCAAACGCGUCUUUCCAGAUCUACACCAAACUUGAAUCCCUCGGUGCAUCGAGUCACGGAUGGAGGCAGCUUAGGACUGUCGUGAGGGCUGAUGGCCUUAAUGCUGUCAAGACUGCGGUGGCCGAAGGACUCUUCAGCGAUGAGUUCACCAUGUUGCUCACCGACCUCUGCACCGAAUGCGGAGCAGCUGCCGAGGUUGACGACCUCAUCAGCGUGUUUAUUAACCGUCGGUAUCCUAACCCGUCAAGUCCCGAAGCUACAUUCGCAGAGGACAAGGCAUUGUAUCCGCUGUUGUACCUCCGGGAGCUCGAAAGUAAGACGGGCCGGUCAGCUUUUCUCCUCAGACAGUAUGCGCAGCUGUUAAUGAAUGGCUGUCUUCCAGUGGAAUGGCUGGCCACCGGUGAGUUUGAGCGAGUCUGGGCCUUAGCAAAUCGAUCCAUAUCACGAGACGCGGCGGUCGUUGACGCGGUCGACUUCUUGGCCACCUCCAUCUCCUUACUGUGUUUGAAGCGUUCUCCCUUCCACAGGGGUGAACAGCAAGGCUUGGAGAAGGACAUAUCGUCUGCCAGUCAACAUACUCUGACGAGUGCAUUGGCUAUUCUAUCAGCAAUGGGCGUUCUGGGCGAGGAGGCGUUACAGACCAGCGCCAGCUCACAAACAAAUCUCAAGAAUAUAGCACGCAUCAGUCGAGCUUUAGCUUAUACCCUGCAGGCCUCUGUUGUUGAGGUCCAACCUUGGAAACGUCGGCGGGAUAGGGUCAGAGGAGACUUGCUGAGCUUGGCAACCUUCCUAUCAUCGACUACAUCUCAUCGCGAGCAAGCUUCCUCUUGUAGUAGGGAUGCCAUCGAAACACUUGGCAGCUUCGAAACGCGAAACAAGAUACCCCGAACACGACACCACGCCAUGGUGUCACUCCUAUCCUCAGUAGCUAAGAUUUGUAGCCGCGGGGCUUCCCAAACAUCUCACGACUAUCUUGAGACUCUCUGCAGGCGCCUGGGCACUCUAGGAAUAUCAGGCAACAUGCUUAAUGGCAUCAAAAGCGCCGCAGCCUUUUCCCUCGCUCAGCAAACAAACAACGUCCGCGAUUUCAUCUACGCCGAAAAGCUAGCUUCAAACCGAGUGAAUGUCCUAAACAGCCCUCAGCGUGCCUGCCAAACAGACAUUAUUUUUGUGGGCUAUCGAUGGGAAGAUACAAUCGGCGAGUGGGUGACCGUCAGCCCUACCGUGGCAAAGAAGCCAACCCGGAGGCGCUCCCUGAGGUCAUCAGCAACAACAACAACAACAACGACGACAACGACAACGACAACGACGACGGCAUCAAACGAUCGAACAGAUAGGGCCGAGUCGUCAACUAACACGGAAACGCCCCCCACUCGGACACCCACUCGGACACCCACUCGAUCAAGCGGCAUGAUGUAUACCGUCGCAGGUCAUGCGCCAAAUAUGGACACUAUCCAGGUUGGCGAUGUCGAAAUAGGAAAAGCGUCGAACGAGACUGGACAUAUCGGCCCUACAGCUUGUCCACGCCAACCCAUCUACGAGUCAUCUACUAUUCUAUACUGCCCAACUGGGAAACUAGGCACUUGUGAUAUUUCAAAAACGACCUCUACAAGUCGAGACGAGCUAUGCGGCGAUAAAGAGAACCAAUAUGGAACAUCGUGGAAUCCACAACGGCGCACUCGAAAGGGAAUCCCGCUGGGCGUGAAGCGGCGUGUACGAAUAUCAGGAGGACAUCAUAGCGAUGAUGAGCUUGGAAUAUGAAAGCACAUCACCGCUACGGAGAUCUGAUCAAUGGUAUUUGGAGUGGCCAAUAAAGCAUAUAACAUCUUGGCUAGGCCGGCACUUGACUGGCGUGACUGGAGCAUUCCAAGCCUGUUAAAGGCAAACCUUCUCAAAGGAUGCACAUUAUAACUUG